AUGGGGGAGAUCGAAGAGGGACAGAAGGUGUGGAGUGGUAUGGACCACGAACUUACAAGCAAUCUUCUCCUGAAGAUCACUGCAAACAUAGAAUGCACCAUCUGCAACGAGACAAUGCACGUGCCGUUCACUGUAGAAUGUGGCCAUUCGUUCUGCUACGACUGUUUGCACACCUGGUUUGAGAACAAGAUCAACUGUCCCACCUGUAGACACAACAUUGAAAACAAGCCGCUGUUGAACUUGCAACUUAAGGAGAUAUCAAAGGCGAUAACGGAUAUCAUAAUUGACACUUGCGUAGUUGAAAGCGAAAAGACCAAGUUGGUAGAGCAUCGCGAUGGCUGCUGGAAAGCAUACAACUUUGAUGUGAAACAUAAACGAAUCUUUGGUGAUUUGUUCAAAACAGCACUCACACUUAUAGACAACUCCGACGGCGUUCCUCGGUGUGGCAACUGCCACUGGGAAGCUCAUGGUAGUGUGUGCUUGCACUGUGGAACUCGGUUUAGAGUGCCUCAGGAAGACGAGUAUUAUGACUCUCCAGAGGGGGAUGCCUAUAACGAAGAUGCUGAUGAGCACUACUUGCAUGGCUCACACGACGAAUACGAUAGCGCGGACAGCUUUGUUGAUACCCGUAGUGUAAGCGAGAUCAACCGCGACGUGCGGCUAGAUGACGACGACGACAUCCUCUCAUCAGACAAUGAAGUCCAGAGUACGACAUACGAUGAUUGGAACGGAUUCCAUGGCGACAAUGCAGCAAGUCCAAUAAUAUUGAGUGGAUACUACGAUUCAGACGAUAUACGAGAUGCCUUGGACGAGUUUCACGACGCUCAAUUGGAGCAAGUAGGCGACGACGACGAUAUCAGAUCCCACAGACAUCGAGUGAUUCACAUAAGUGACGAAGAGGACUAA